AUGMAGGAGGUCAGACGCACAUCUACAGGAAUGCUCACAUUUGACGACGAUUCUUUGAAAGAUUGGCAGUUAGUAUGGAGCGACUACAAGCGCAAACAUGAACAUGGUGUCGCAAUAUUGUUAGCCCCCUAUGUCAAACUCGAAACAUAUCAAGAACACGUGCAGGCUAGAAUAAUAUCCGCCAGAGUACGAGUGAAAAGCAUGAGAUUAGCAAUCCUUUGUGUGUACGCCCCCACUGACAUGACAAAAUCAGAUGCAGCAAAAUCUGUAUUCUAUUCUGCGCUAGACAAGGCAAAACAGGAACUGGAAAAAAUUCCUAAAUAUAAGUUAAUAACACUCGGAGACUUUAACGCAACCAUUUCUGCCCAAWGCAAGGAUAGUGGAUCCUGGGAUGCAAUACUUGGAAAUAAUAACGCUGAUCGCGCGGAAACAAAUAAUAUUGGUGAACGGAUGGUUUCCUGGUGCCUCAAGAACCGUAUGAAAAUCAUCAACACAUUUUUUCGAUCUAAACGUAUUCAUCGGGGAACAUGGUAUCAUGCUGCCUCUGGAAAAUGGAAACGUGUUGACWAUAUCUGCACUAGCACAUGGGUAGCAAAAUUUGCGAGUUCAUGCCGCGUUUUCACUGGACCAUCAAGAUUAUUUGACACAGACCAUCGUCUACUUGUGAUGAAUAUAAAAUUCCCGACGACUAAGAGAGAACUAAAACAUCAACUGAGAAGAGAUUUAGGAUCGUCACGAAAGUCACUUCCCAUCACAGUGGAUUUCCAGGCACUGCGAGACAAUGCAGACAUCCAACAGAAUCUAACAGUAGAAUUAGAUAUUGCACUAGAAAAUGUAGAAUCAAACGAGGUGAACGAGCUGAAUAAUAAAAUAACUAUGGCAGUACGAGACUGUGUUGAACAGGUGUGCCCUAAAUCUGAUCCCAAAAAGAAAAAAGAACCAUGGCUAGAUGCAAACUUACAACAACUAAUGAAAGAGCUUCACAGUUGUACGCGACGUGAAGACAUAAGGAAAUUACAGAAAACAAUCAAGAAAAGAAGGAAACACUUARAGAAUCAAUACUAUAAAGAACUAGCAGACAACAUCAAUACGGCUGCAGAGGCUAGACAAGUUGAAAAAGAAUUCUCACUAGCAAAAAAAUAUGCGACAUUCAAAACAUGCUCACGUUUAGUCCAACGUCACUUUGCAAUUCAGACACCAUUGCCGUUACCAUCUGAACUUGCUGAACCCGAGAAACAUCAUUACCUUGAUGAUACAAAAGUUGAAGUGAACGAGGAAGUGCCCGACGCGAGUGAACUGAAAGCUGUUUUGAAAUCUUUUAAGAACAAUAAGAGCGCAGGGACAGAUAGGAUGAAAACAGAAGGUCUGAAAUAUAAUGCCAGUGGAAAUCUUAUUAAAGCAUUAUUACUAUUUAUUGUCACUGAUAUGGUCAACCAUCACGGUACCAUCGGCCUGGCUGCACGCAAGUAUUACAUGUCUAUAUAA